AUGAUGCUGCCAUCGACCGGCGCCCGCAGCCCCAUGUUUGCGCUCGCGUGCAGCGCAGGCUUCGUCCUCGUCUUCGUCUUCGGAUUCUUGGCCUGGUCCAGUCCAGAGCGAAUCCCGUUCCCACACAGCUCUGGCUCGACACACGUUGAGAUGACCUUCAGUGACGCAAAAACGCCAAACAUCAACGACAUCCUGCGCAUUCUGUACGAGCCGUUGAGGACAUCGCCGUCCGAGCCGUUCAUCCGCGAGCCCAAUGGCACCAAGAUCAUGCUCCCCGAGAACCCGCGCUACACCAAGGAGAUGGGCAACGACAUCCUGAUCCUGGAUCUCGACACCAGGCCGCUGAAGUCGACUGAGAAGUUCGAAAAGGGCGAGUACGAGUGGCGCAACAUCAACCACGUCUCCGGCGGUGUCUUCGCCCACUACGCCUAUGCCCAGAUCCACGGCUACGACUACAAGUUUGUCCACGCGAGCGAAUUCGAAGACCGCCACGCAACCUGGAUCAAGCCAUCGGCGCUGGCCAAUCUGAUCAAGAAGUACAAGUUCAUCGUCUUCCUCGAUGCCGACGCCACCUUCCGCUUCAUGAACCUCCCCAUCGAGUGGAUGAUGAACUACUGGAAAGUCGAGCCUCACCAUUCCAUCGUCAUGGCCAAAGACCCAUGGGACCCCAAGGAACCGCAGUUCAACUCCGACCGCUUCAACCGCACCUACACAAACACGGGCUUCAUGAUCGUGCAGAAUAACAAGCAAGUGAUGCCCAUCCUGAAGGCAUGGCACGAGUGCCCCGAGGAUGUCCGCUACCCCAACUGCUCGCAGUGGAAGCAGCCCAAGUUCCACGAGCAGUCGGCGUUUGGCGAGUACAUCCGCUACGACUACGAGGAGAACAUCAAGGAGCUCGACUGCGGUGAGGCCAACGGCUACCCCGGCGUCGAAAUCAGCAACUGCCAGGGCAAAUUCAUCCGCCACUACUGGUUCGAGAAGCACCUGGUCAAGCUGGACUACCGCGAAAACAUCAUGAACGCCAUCACCUACCCGAUCCAGAAGCUGUUCGCUGAAAAGACGGGCGUGGUCUUCGACCAAGAAGAGAACGUCAUACACUGA